UGAGUUUCACCAGAAGAGGGUAUAGUUUGGAAAGAACUUGACGUCAGCCUGGAAUUCCUAUUGUGUUUAGAAACAGCAAAGGAAAAACAAGCACAAGUUUCUCUUCUGCACACUUCCAGUUACUGUGUGAAGGAAUCAACAGAUAAACUCCAGAAGACCUUAAAGUAAAAAGAGCAGCUUUCCAUGCAAAUUCGUGGAACUGAAAUAAAAAACUGCAAGAGCUUUCUGUGGGAUCUCCCUGCUGAUUGACUCUCAUUUCCGAACUGUCAAUUACUUCACUUUUCAUUAAUCAGAACAAGGGACUUAUUGCAUGACAUGAUUUCCAGCCUGUGAAUAAAUAUUGCUUUAGAGAAUGGGAGAGAAUGGAAUCUGAGAGGAAUUUCAAGCACUGAACAGAGGGUGAGUUUUAUUAAGCAGUUUCUUCUCUUUCAAAUCUUCUGGAAUAGUAUAUUUCUCUCUUAACGUCCUGCCUUCGUACACAGCAGUCUGAUGACUUGCCUUUCGCUGCAGCUUGUUGCAUACCUUGCAAGGUUUUACUGAUGGCAGAUUUAUUUCUGUAACCUUUCCCAACAUUACACAGAGCCAUUUGUAAGAGCUCUGAUUUGCUGCCACAAAUAAACUAAAACAAUAAAGAUUUGGAAGCAAAUUAAUAUUUCCUCUUAAAGAAAAUAUCCAAUACAAUGAAAAUGGCAGGUGACUCCAGAUUUCCAGAUCUGGACAGCAAUGGAUCAGAAAAAAAUGAAGACAUAGAAAUUAUCGUCAAUGUUGGUGGGGUGAGACAGGUGCUAGAUGGAGAUAAUCUGAACCGAUAUCCUGGAACAAGACUAACAGAGUUGAUCAACUGUUUAUCAGGGGGAUAUGAUACUAUUUUUGCUCUCUGUGAUGACUAUGAUCCAGGGAAAAGAGAGUUUUACUUUGACAGAGAUCCAGAUGCUUUCAAAUGUAUUAUUGAUGUAUAUUACUUUGGAGAAAUUCACAUGAAGAAAGGGAUAUGCCCUAUAUGUUUCAAGAAUGAAAUGGAGUUUUGGAAAGUGGACCUUAAAUUCUUGGAUGACUGCUGCAAAACUCAUCUGAGUGAAAAAAAGGAGGAGCUGGAAGAAAUAGCCCGAAGAGUACAGCUGAUUUUGGAUGAUUUGGGAGUAGAUGCCUCUGAAAGUCGCUGGAAAAGAUGCCAAAAAUGUAUUUGGAAAUUCAUGGAGAAACCAGAAUCAUCCUACCCAGCUAGAGUAAUUGCAAUUUUGUCCUUUCUAUUUAUUUUAAUCUCCUCUGUAGUCAUGUGUGUGGGGACUAUCCCAGAGCUCCAGAUAGUCGACUCUGAGGGAAAUCAUGUGGAACACCCAACUCUAGACAGCAUUGAGACAGCUUGUAUCGGGUGGUUUACCCUGGAAUAUGUACUCAGACUCAUUUCUUCUCCAAAUAAACUGCACUUUGCUCUGUCUUUCAUGAACAUCAUUGAUGCUUUUGCAAUACUCCCCUUCUAUGUCAGCCUGAUUUUGACCCACUUAGGUGCCAGACUGAUGGAGUUAACUAAUGUUCAACAGGCUGUUCAAGCACUUCGGAUCAUGAGGAUUGCAAGAAUUUUCAAGCUCGCACGCCACUCUUCGGGGCUGCAGACUUUAACAUAUGCUCUUAAAAGGAGCUUUAAGGAGCUGGGGCUGCUUCUUAUGUACUUGGCUGUUGGUAUUUUUGUCUUUUCUGCCCUUGGUUAUACCAUGGAACAAAGUCACCCUGAGACUUUAUUUAAAAGCAUCCCCCAGUCAUUUUGGUGGGCAAUCAUAACCAUGACCACAGUUGGAUAUGGGGACAUAUAUCCCAAGACAACCCUGGGGAAACUCAAUGCUGCCAUCAGUUUCCUUUGUGGGGUGAUAGCGAUAGCACUUCCUAUCCACCCCAUUAUCAACAACUUUGUCAGAUACUAUAAUAAGCAGAGAGUUUUAGAAACAGCUGCCAAGCACGAACUAGAGCUGAUGGAACUGUACUCAGCUGUGGGAAAAGCUGGAGCCUCCCAAAAUGAAUUAGAAGACCUUAUGAGGGAACGCAAAGAUGGUCCUUCGUGUAGCGGCCGUCUAAAAGUUUCCCACAGUGACACUUUUAUUCAUCUUCUGUCAGAUGAGAAACAUUACAGGACCAGGCUUCAAAGCUGCAAAUAAACUGAUCUGUUGGCACUACUAAGCUUCAGACUGGAGCAAACUGACAGUCUACUAAAAUGAUUAGAGGGAUCUGCCAGUGUUGGGACUGGGCAUUGACUUUCUUUUCCAAACAUGAAUAUAAAAUAACCCCAUGGCACCUUCAUCAGAGUUUGGUAAGACUUUGCUUUUAUUACAUAAAAUAUUAACCAAUUAAGAUCUGACUGAUUAGGAUGAAUGCAUCCUGCCAAAUUCCAUUUGAGACUACUUCCAAGAUUGAAAAUUGCUUCUCGAUCAGUAAAUGUGUGAUGUUUGGAUAAGAAAAAAUGACCAAAUCAAAAUUCUGUACCUGUAAUAAUAAAGGAUAACAAUGACACAAAUAACUUGUCUUCUAAGCUUUGUUCAGUAAAAAAACAGCACUCUUUAAGAUCUUAAACCAAACUGUCAUUCAUAUAGGAUUAAGUGUCCAGCCAAGUUACAUGAGGUAUUUUUAGCUGAGUGAUAAAUAAAAAGUAUGAACAGUGUGGGGAGAGUGACCCAGUCAAAAGUUGGUUUCUACAUUCUCCAAAGUGUAAUUUGUGGUGACUUUUAAGAUAAAGACCAGUUACUCUUCCAGAGGAAAAAUAAAUAUUUGAACACUCAAAUCCUUAGGAUGGUAAGAUCUCUUUAGACAGAGGUGUAAAGCAGAGUCAAUGUAUUGCGAUAGUUAUUAAAGCUGAUAAAAUAACCAUCAGUACACAUUUAUUUACAGCAGGCAGUUUUGCUUCUACAGUUGUCUUUUAACUCAUCUUUUUAUACAAUUGAUUUUUAUUUUUUUAAUUCACUAGAAAAACCAAACCCAAUGUAUGGAGGCAGUUACAUACUUAUUUCUAGGCAAAGAAUUUCAACCACAUCUAAAAUAAAGGAACUUGCAAUAAAAAUAAAAUCUUUAUUAUCAAUUUACAGUGGCAAAUUGUCUGCCUGCUUGAACAAAAUAGUACUCCAUUUUAUUAAAUAAAUUUGAACACAAUCUCAUACUUGUCAAAACUGUAUUUGGUUUCAUUGUUGCUCAUUCAGUAAGUAAUAGGGAAACUUAUUAACAGAUGCACUAUUCCACGGGUCCACUCUUGCAAUCUUUACCCAAGCUAGCUUUCUCCAAAGUGCGUGUGAAUUUGCUUGAGUAAAGACUGAAUUCUAUGGGUAUGAUUUAUACUGCUGCAAUUACCUUAAAAUCAAUAGUUGUACCAACUUAAGACUGGUAUAAUGGAAUGCAUAAUCUUCCCCCAGGUGUUUAAGUAGUAGUUAGAAGAUGCACUCAAAUGAUAAGAGAUUCCAGUACCAUUAUUUUGUUACAUGAAGACCAACCCCUGUCCCAAAUGAAAUACCAUGAUAAAGUGGGUCUGUCAGUACUUGGCUAGAUUACAUGUAAGUGGUGUCUGGGGAACUCACUAAGUUUCUUCAAAUUCUUCUUAUGGAGUGAGGGCGGGGGUUUACUCCUAUUGGAUGUGUCUACAUGUGCAAUUAACCAGAAGCAAUAAACUCCAGAGCUUCUUGCUCCUGGGCACACCAUUUGUACACGUGCCCAAGACCGCAGCAUGCUGAGCUGGGUCAGAGCAGCCCCAGCUGGCAGGGGUCAGCCAGCCAGCCUGGGGCUGCUCCUCUCGCUUAACAUACUGUGGAGGGGCUGGCUGGGGUACAAGGGUGCUGGCAGGUAGCCCCUGCACUCAAGCAGCCUCGUACCCCAGCCAGCUGGGGCGGUGUCUACAUGUGCGCUGCUGCAGAAUUUUUUACUCCACAGCAGGAUAGUACUAUCCUGCUAUGGAGUAAAUUAGUUUAUUCUAACCUAAUAAGGGCACAUGUGUAGACACAAGACAUUUAGUGUGCAGCUAAUUAGUCUACUGUGCAGUAGACAUCUCAUGUAGAUGCACCCAGUAAGAUCCAUCCCAGAAAUACAUCUCCCUUGAUCACUAAUGAUUUUGGCAGAUGCAUGGAGGAAUAAAACCGUUUGCCUAGGGGCUCUGUGCAUUUUCAUGGGGUGCUGGGUCCCCUACAAGUCACAGCAAACAGUAAUCAAACCUUUGCUGGCUUGUGGGGGGAAGCUAAAAUCACAACUGCAGUGUUUCACUCCAACAACCUCCCCCAAGCCAAUGUAGACUCCUUUGUGGAGAGGAUUGGGGAAGGAAAAAGAAUGCCUCAUAGACAACACGCUUUGGGCUCAGAAAGCAUUGUAUAACUGCUAUGUUAGAUUGUUGGCAUUAGUAGCUGCUGCAUUAGUAUUCUGGCUGCUGCAGUCUGUAGUUUGUUUAACAUUGCACUAAAUAAAAGGAAUAAUUUAUUUUAUGAGGUGUAAACUUAAUUUCUAAUGUCUUCACUAGGCCUGGUCUAGAGUGCAGGGCACAUGCUAUCUACAUGACUGUAGAAAGAGCCUUGGGGGCUGCUUUGGCUUAGCAGUUUCCCUCCCUGAUCCUUUUUGCCCUUUGAGAGGCUCCACUGGCUUCCCCUCCUCAGAUCUGAUCAGAGGUUUGACCAGUCAGGGAAUGCAAAGGCAAGACACUGAUUACUCCCCACCUAUCCCCCAACUUCCUCUGGCCUGCCCAUAAGAGGAAACAUUUGGAGAGCAGGAGCUGCACCAUGUUUCAGAUUGGAAGCAACCAAGUGUGCAGCUCUGACUUGGCUGAGUGAGAAGCAGGCUGCCUUGUUCCUCUGCUAAGUCACACAAAAUGAGGUCACGUGCUAACUGUGACAGCUCAGUCCAACCAAGACUCACUUUUGAAACUGCAAGCCUACGGACCAAACAUGAUCUUGGCAGCCAUGUUGGCUGUUUACAGCUCACACCAGAAAGAUUCCUGUUUAAACCACCCCAGACAAAUUUUUUUUUACUGGUUCUUAAAACCUUCCAGUGACAGAGACCCCACAAUUUAUAUAGACAAUUUACUUCAAUGUUUAGCGAUGCUCAUAGUUAAAAAAUUCUUCGUAAUUUCCAAACAAAAUCUACCUUGGUGCAAUUUAAGCGUAUUACUUCUAAUCCAGUCCUUUCAUUAAUCAUCUUCUUUAAAACAACCAUUUUUAUUUGAAGACAGUUAUCAAAUUCUCUUUCAGGUUUUUCUUCUCUAAAUUAACUAACUGCAAUUUCAAGUGGAAAGCAACUGCUACAAGAGCAGUUGUGUAAUGUAGUUUUAAGGCUUAUUACCUCUCCCAAAAAAGUCAGUGGGACUUUGGCUACUACCUGCAGUGAGAAGAGUGGGCACUUGCUAUUGUAUAUAGUUGCUUAGGCUUUUUCUUUUCCAAGUGAGCUCUCCCCAGGCCAACCACUAUAGCACUUUGCCUUGCAGGUGUCAUAUAAGCAGAUGAAUUAAACAUCCCCAGAUGUCAGCUGCACAACACAGCUGUUUGUCAGGCAGAGCAGGUAGGGAUGCAUAGUUCUGAAAAUUCAACCCUUUACCUAUAUCAAACCUAUAUCAAAUCCCUUUACAGAAGGGUGAAGGGAGGACCAGACGCAGCACUGGGUAUCUAUUGCAGUGUAGAGCAGGCCCUAAAUUAAUUAGCACCCCAUCUCCUCUCCUUUAGUAGCGCCACUAUUCACUGUUUAGGAAAAGAGUGUUUAUUUUCUUUUUGUCUUCCGGCAGUAGGCCAACCUGCCUCCUCAGUUAUUCCACUGGGAAUCUGCCAUAUGUAGCCAUUCAGGGUCCAUGCAGUUCUGAAAGGCUGUGCAUAUUUAUGUCUUGAUAUAGCCCCAAAUCUCUAGACUUAAAAAAAGAAGAAGGAAGAUUCCUUCUGGCUAAUAACUGAUCUUGGUUACUAAUGUAAAUCUAGAGUAAUACCCAGUGUGAGGGUGGGAAAAGUCUGGCUCCGUCUUCUUAGUCUAAUAAGUCAUCCCAGAGUAAUCCAGGACAAGUUGCUAACAUGCUAGCUAAAACAAAGUCUAUUUCUAUUUCUUAGGACACCAAAUGAGAUAGAACAUAAUGGAGUGGAGAUUGCUUUUAAAAGUGUGGGAGAUGACUGCAGUAUUUUGUCACAUAUGGCAUUUGUUUCAGUAAAAUGAAAGGCAUGCCAUUCAUUGAGGCAUGCUGGAGGCUGGGUGGUAUGUCACAGCUGAAAAGUCUUAAAAGCUUGAAUUUAGGUUUACUGAAAAACAAGCUAUGUGCCAGAAAAUGCUAUAACAGUUCACUCUAUGUAUUGCUAAUUCAUUGUUGGGUCUCUCUGUAUUGCCGGACCCCCAUGUAUCAACAUAUGAACAACUGGAAGAAAUAAAAAAGACACAAUAAUGUGACAAAACCCAUAAAGCUAUUUUCUGCCUAUAUAUAUAUAUUCAGGUUAACCUGUCUCAAGCUGGCAGUUUCAGCUGAGGAUAUUUUAUUUGUUGCAUAAUGUUAAUCUCAAUCAUUAUUCUGGUCUGUGCUAGGGUCAUCAUGAAGAAAUUUGAUCAUGUGCAUUUGUAUGGUAAAAUGCCAUAACAAGGGACAGAGAAACUUAGCCUGAGGCUUAUGUACUUUUCCUGUGCCCGGGUGAUGACACCUUAUCCAUUUCAGAAGCAUUGACCCUAGUCACAUGCGCUGAACUGUUGUGAGGAGUCUAGCCACUAACAGUUAAUGCCCCGCUGAAGGAUUUUUACUUUUUAAAAAGGAGACAGCAAGAGCAUUAUUUCAAUAAUGAUCUGUGCCAUACUUUUAGUACAUGUAAAUCGUAUCUACCUGAUAAACUACAAAUGCUUUAGGAGAAGGGACCAAAACUGCACGUGAGAUUUGUAGGCAAACAAUGUGCUUGCACAAUGUAGUGAAUGAUUUUCCAACACAAUAGUUAUGAUCUGCUCUUUAAUUUGAAAAUAAAUAGGAAAGAUAUCCAUCCUGGGUUUCAUAGACCAAGCCAGGAACAGGUAUAUAAACAAAACACUGAGAUGCCCAUAAAAGCGCUGGUGCACUGCUUACGUUGAUGAUUAGCCAUACUUGGCAGAAACAAUGAAACUGAAAACCACCCCAGCCACAUCUGCACAAAUAGUUCUGCUAAUGCAAACAGAACAGUGUCUUGUAUAAAUUAUAGUUCCCAGAGACGCUUCCUUCCCCCCUGUUUUCUCAGUAUAACUCUACGAAAUACCAAUAUUUCUUACUCAUCGAGGCAUUAUAGUCAGGGAGUUAUGUAUGUAAAUAAAGACUUCCCUUUUGAGCCACAGUUGGUUGAAGCAGGCUCAAAACUACUAUUUUGUCAGGAAGAACAGUUCAUGUACAUAUUGAUAUUCCCACAUUUGAAAUUAACAUUAAGGCCAGGUACAGACAGUACACUUUUACCAGUAUAAGUGGUCAGAAACUGGUCAGAACCCGUAACAGAACAGAAGUUUGGCACGCAUAGAUUCGUUUAAAAAUGGUGGAACCUGGUCUACUCCACCAAACGGCAAAUGUGUUUUCUGUUCGCUACUGAUCUAAACUAUGCCGCUUACAGAAAACCACAUAACUUUGAUCGAUUCCGCCUCAGCCUUUUUGGAUGUCUGUACCUAGCCCAGGUGUCAUGAAGCGCUCUACAGCCUAGAUAAAUGGCCUAUCACACUGGUGUAAUCUGGAAUUACUCCACAAGAAUUAAAAGGAGCCACUGGUAUAAAACUCACUAAAGUUUCAUGUGAAAGUAAAGUCAGGAUCUGCAUAUGAUACUUACAACAUAAAUGAUCAAACCUGAGGCAGUUUGCUCCCACCACAUUUAACCACAUUAGGUUUGAAUUCAGUCACAGUGUAUCUGCAUUAGGGCUGCAUGACUCUGUUGACCAAGCCAGGCUGUAGCAUUGGAGAAUGGUCAUAUUAAUUACCGUGUGGAAAAUGAACGCAGCAGAAAUAAUCUGAAAGCUACAGUACAGGCAGCACAACUGAACUGUUUCUCCUGUUCCUAUCUAUCUUUAAAAUGUAGCAUAGAAAACUUAACGUUGCUUCCACCACUGCUUUAUAUACAUCCAUGGAAAGGUAAUGUGGUACCUUCGAGGUGGUAACCAAGACACUGGUUUCUUCACUUUAAAAUGCACAGGAGUCAACAUUUUAAAGGAGUAACUUUUUAAAUCGGACUUCACAUACAGGAUGGUCUAUAAAUAUUGUAUGUAAAAAUGGAAAGGAGGGCUGAAUUUUGUAUUGGGAUGCAACCACAUAUCCUCCUGAUUAACUUGUAUUGAUUACUACAUUGGUUUCAAUAGGAGUUACAUGUGUACAUUCAAGGGCUGAAUCUGGCCUUUUUGUUUUUGUUCAUGCAUGAGAAUAAAUUCCUUGUAUGCUGUAUUUUGUAAUGAACCUAUCCAUACAUUGUACCAUUUUACAGCAAUAAAAGUGAAGGUUAAAAAAAGAUAUUUUCAUUGCAACACUUGGUAGAGUUCAGAAGCUCCACAAAUUUGUGAAAAAUCUGAAGGGGGUUCAGAUGAAAAAAAAAGAAGUUGAAAGCAAAAGUGUGAUCAAUACAAAAGAGAAAACUUAAACUCAAACCAGUCUGGGGCAGCGGCAACAACUUGAUUAGUUAUACAGUAGACUAAUUAAAUCUUUGGUUACUUUAACACAUAACAGGACAAUUCUUUAUCACUAAGGGUGAAGUGACAC